CCGGGCCGUUGAGCACGGAAUUGGCUCUCGCUGACUGUCCCGUGCGGCCAUGGAGCUCGCGGCUCGCGCGCGGAUGUUUGAAGCCCAGAUACAGAGCUAUCAAGGAGACGACCCCCUCGAUCCCUGGGACAGAUACCUGCAAUGGGUGGAAAGUGCUUUCCCGCUUCAAGGCGGACAGGGAUGCUUGUCCGCUUCGUUAGAGCAGCUUGUGAAAGUGUUUAUCAGUGAGGAGAGGUACCACCAGGAUCCGAGAUUCGUUAAGUACUGCAUUAAACUAGCAGAAUUCAUCAGUGCUCCUAGUCAAUUUUUUGACUAUAUCUACAGCCAAGGAGUUGGUACUAGGACAUCUGCUUUGUACAUUGCUUGGGCUCAACAGCUUGAAACUGAAGGGAAUAUACAGCAUGCUGGUGCUGUUCUUCAAAAGGGUAUUCAUAACCAGGCAGAACCAAUGGAAAAUCUGCAAGAACAAUACAGACUGUUCCAGAGUCGUAUCCCUCAAAGUCAUCCAUUGACGCAAGUUGCUGCCUUAAAACAACUUCACAAUUUCCAGACUCCAAAUCAAAUGGCUCCUAGAAAAGAUGUCUCAGAAUCUGAUGACCCAGCCUGUCUCUCCAAAAGUCAGGAUCCAACUCUUUCUGCAGCUCAGUCCUCUCAGGAUGGCGCGGGAAAAGUAGAGUAUCUUACUUACAUUUCAAAGUCAGCAGUUCUUCCAAAGCUAUCUUCGACCUCCAAUGAAUUUGAGCAAGUGGCGAUGUACAAUAAAAGUAUGCUCAUCUGUGAAGGCUCAGAGCUUUCAUUUGAGGAAGUGAGAGCGAAGAUUGUUUACCGAAAACAAAAAAGAUUGAGACGACAAAAAGAAUGGGAAGAGGAAGAGAGGAACUACGCAAAGAGAAAAGAAUCUGCCAUCCUUGAAAUGCAGUUCUUGCAGCAGAAGCUGGAACAGCUUAGUCAGCUGACCAAAGACUAUCCAGAAGCUAAGCUGGAAGAGGCGUCCAUGCUACAGUCUGUUCCAGAUAGAAUGGUGGUUGAUCCAUGUGUGAAACCAGUUCCUGCUCUACAGCAAGAUUGGACAGCAUCUUCUCAGACGACAAAUCUGCAAACCUCAUGGUGCCUGGGGCCAGACCAGCUGCAAUCAAGGGCUGCAGCAAGUACUUCAACAGCAGAUACUUCUGUACCAAAGCCUGUUGAAGCUGCUAGCCAUCAGUCUGUGUCCGCGUCACUAUCAAUGGUAACAUGUGAAAAGGUCACAGGCAAAGCUAAUGUAGAUCUUGGAGAACUCCAGAACACUCUAUCACAACUUGAGCUCAACAGUGGUGAUGCUGUGUCUCAGCCUAUUCAGGAAUAUUCCGCAUUCAGUCAUGGCCACUCCACUGGACAGCAGCACUCAAAUGUGAGCACUCCUGGUCUCAAAUUAGAUCACUGCACAGCGAUGAAAGAAGCACCUAGAAUUGGAAAUGCUUCUGUCAGCUUUGGAAAUGCUUCUCAAGCCACCCCGAAUACCUCCCUGGGAGGAGUGAUGCAGGCAACUCCGUUCAAAGUGCAGCCCUCACCCACUGUUCAUACUAAAGAAGCACUGGGAUUUUUAAUGGACAUGUUUCAGACACCUAUCCUGCCUGAAAUGCCUUCUCUUCAAGAAAAUCAGGAGAAAUUUGAGGCCUAUUGUAGAAAAAGUGAGCCUGGUAAAAGCAUGAAAGCUAAUGACACUGCUCCUGUUGUGUCUGCUUUUUCCAUUUUUGAAGAUGAGAAUGAAAAAGAAAACAACAGGUUCCCACAGCAAAAAAACAAGCUUGCCCAGGCCAGAGCCUUCGGAGAACAUCCCUUACUCAGAUGUGCUGAGCAAUCAAAAGAAGGAACUCGGACAACUGAGUUCUUGAUGGAUGACUCCACUGUGUGGGCUCUGCAGUGUAAUAACAAAACACUGGCACCCAGUCCCAACAGCACAAGAGACUUUGCACGUGCUACCCAGCUUGCUUCAACCCCAUUUAACUACCUGUCAGCGCAUUCAUGGCAACCCAUGGAGGACAAAGAAAAUGCAGUCCACAACAAUGAUGGUAAGAUGGUUCUGGAUUCUUCUGAGGAGCAGUACAUCGACGCGUCCAAAACCAGGAAGCUAAGCCCAGUUUUGGAGCAGAGCCCAGAACAAGGAUCUCUGCCAGGAAAUGCACCCUCUGCAGCUGCUUCUGCAGUAUUAAACCAGCAACUAGCUCCUGAGAAGGCUGUGUUGGAGACUUUGCAAGCAGCCAGGGGAUAUUCAGAUGAGGAAACGGUGCUAACUGUAUGUAAAGAGUCAGUCAGUACUCCACGGAUUCUCGUGUGUGCAGAGGACAGGACAUACCAGAAUGUUAAAACUCCAGUCAUUGUUGAAAACCCUUGGGACGAGGGCUUAAUUCGCAAACUUCUAUCAAGGCUACCUAAGCCGCUGAGUACCUACUCCAAUACAUUUGAAUGGAAAUCCAGUCUUCCCACUAUCAAACUGAAGACUGAACUUACACUGGGUCCUAACUCAUUCCAUGUGGAGUACUUACUUGGAGAAGGGGCUUUUGCUCAUGUCUAUCAGGCUUCUGUCCUGGAUACAAAUAACCCUAAAAAUAACCAGAAAGUAAUAUUAAAGGUGCAGAAGCCUGCAAGCCCUUGGGAGUUCUAUAUAGCAUCUCAGCUGAUGGAGAGGCUUAAACCAAGUGUGCGACAUCUCUACAUCCAGUUUUAUUCUGCUCACUUCUUCCAAAAUGGAAGUAUAUUAGUUGGUGAGCUAUACAACUAUGGAACUUUACUGAAUACCAUAAAUAUUUACAAAAAGCUUCCUGAAAAAGUGAUGCCUCAAGCACUAGUAAUCUAUUUUGCUGUAAAAAUUCUAUACAUGGUGGAAGAGCUCCAUAACUGUGGAAUCAUUCAUGGUGACAUUAAACCUGAUAACUUCAUACUUGGAGAAAGGCUUUUGGAUAAUGACACCUGUGACAUAGACAGUCUCUCUCAUGGUCUGACAGUCAUUGACUUGGGUCAAAGUAUAGACCUGAAACUCUUUCCUGAAGGAACUGCGUUUACAGGAAAGUGUGAGACAUCUGGAUUUCAGUGCAUUGAAAUGCUGACACAGAAACCAUGGAACUACCAGACUGAUUACUUUGGAAUUGCUGGAACAAUAUACUGCAUGCUCUUUGGCACCUACAUGAGGGUGAGAAAUGAAGAAGGGAUCUGGAAAACUGAAGGAGUCUUCAGAAGGAUUCCUAAUGCAGAAUUGUGGAAUGAGUUCUUCUGCAGCCUCCUGAACAUACCAGACUGCCAUCACCUUCCAUCUUUGGGAGCUUUACGCAAAAAGCUAAGAGACUUAUUCCAAAAGUCGUAUGCUAAGGAAAUAAAGUUCCUUCGUAACCGGCUUGUGGUGUUGCUCAUAGAAAACAAACGUUCACGAAAAUAAGCCUUGAAUUUAAAGACUUCUGUUUCUCUUACUAUGGAGAGAAGCUUUCUAUAUAUACUUUUUAAAUGUCAUGUCUUUUCAAAAUACACUUGGUUUGCUACUGAUCUUUGAGUGAACUUUGUCCUUGACAACUUGAAUAUUUGCCUCUACUGUCAUGAAGAAACUAAUCUACACAAGCUACAUGACUUUUUAGGAAAUUCUAACUUGAAUGUUUAAAGUUACUUUGGCGGACUUCAAUGUGGGAGACCAGCUGGAGGUCUCAUGCAGCAGUAGUAAAACCUCCUCUGCUUUCAAAAACAAUGAUUUUUUUUUCUACCACAAGGUAUAUUGUCCAUAAUAGUUACAUCAUAUUGGGUACAUGAUGCAUAAAGAUGAACUGAUAAACAGAUGGAAGGUAGUGGCUGCUUUGAGACCAGUCAUCAUGACUAGUUGGGUUCAUUAUGGGCAAAUGGAAGAAAGGCCCAACCAGUUCAUAGAUUCCAUGGCCAGAAGAGACCAUUGUGAUCCUCGACUGACCUCCAUAACAUAGGCCAGAGAACUACUUUGACCUGAAACAAAAUGUUUCCUAUUUGGAAUCCCUUUUAGAGUGUCUGACAAGGCUGUAAUGCCCAUUCAAAUAGCUUAAAAUAGGCCUUUUUUAUAAAGAAAGCAAAUCUGACCUGAAAAACUGUGGAGUGCAACAUAAAAACUGGAUUUAAUAUCAUCUCUGACCAUUGCAGGAAUUUAUCCAGAAUAGAUUAACGUCUAUCCUCGUGUGAAGUUAAGGCUUCUGGUCAGACCUGCUUAGAAUUCUGGACCAGCUCUCUGCACAGGAAUUGUAAUUGUGCCUGUGAAGCUUAGAGAAGAGGCCAAGAUUCUUUAUCUGGUAGUUGCUGCUCAGAGGCAGAGACAUUAGGUGUUACCAUUGCCACUUUAGGAACAAAAAAAGAAUUGUACUUCCAUCAUGCUUGGAGAUGUAAUUAAAUGCUGUGUCCUUUUGUAGAAGGUCACAUGUUUCCAAACCUGAGCUCACCAGAAACACAGCAUCUCCAGCCAUCAGAACACUUGUUUACUGAAAGGAAUGGUAUGCAAAGUAGUGACACUGCUGCUCCCUAAUAGGCGGGAUGCCAGUGAAUAGAGGCUACACCAUAACCCAGAAGACUGGCAAGCUUAGACAGACCCUGCUUUACAAUUAACUCUGAAAGAGUUACUAUUUAAUGUAGCUUUCCUCAGGAGCUUGAGACAAUAGUGCACGCAACAUGCUGAUGCAGACCUUCUGCUUCCUUUUGUUUGCUCAGCCUCAGAGACCUGUAGGACCUGAAGCAGGCGUUAAGCUUUCUGACCUAUGUCAUAGAGGGCUUGAAAUAAGAAAGUGUUCCCUGCUACUGUAGCAUAAAGGUUUAAACAAUGAGAACACCCUGCUUUCCGGCUGGAAUCUGCUGAUCUUUAUGCACUGCUGGGAGACUGAAACAGUGUCCAGGACACCAUGUGCUGCACAUUAUCACUUCUGUGCUUCAGAGUAGAACAGUGACCUCGAGGGAGGGCAUUGUCCAGUCAGUGACUGGCUGGGUUAAGAGCACUUGAUUCUCCAGCUAGCCAUUCACCUACAGACAAUGACCGGUGUAGAGACAAUCACUACUUUACCCCAGCACACUUUCUUGUCCAGAAGCUUUAUGGUGAGUUCCCGUUACAGGUGCUGUGACAGGGAAAUGGAUUUGUGACAGUUUGGGAUGCCCAUCCUGUUCAUCAGACCACCCUUUCCCUGCUUUUAGACUUCUACUGCCAUCUGAUACCCAGCUCCAGCUCCCACAUCACACAGAACCAAGAGAGGCAGAGUUCAGAAAGCCAGUGGCAGUUCCGGGUAGAAGUCUCCUGUUCCAGGGCUGACAGCACUACUGGGCUGAAGACAAAUUGUGGCAAGCAGAAGGCUUCCUACACUGUUAGAGGGAAGUAGGAUGGAGCCGAUAUGGCCUGGGGAGAGGAGAACAUAACUGACACAGGCUACUAAUUGAUAAUGUUAUGGGAAUUUUAGUCACAUUUGUAACUAUUAUGCAGCAACAUGACUCAAAUUGCACGCUUAUUCUAGCAAUCUUGCCUCGCCAAACUCACAGAAAGCCUGAGGGAAAAAAAGUAAAGUCAGUCACUAGAAUCUUAAUUAGAUAUGUGAAGGGUAACCUAUUUCACAUCUAGCCCAACCUCUGCCAGCAAAGGGAGAACAAAGUUUUAUGGGCACCACCUUCCCUUUCAACACCGCAGCCCUCCAUUGCUUGCUUUGUUUAAAACGCUCGAUUCUAUUGACAGAAGAACCACUGACCUACAGUAUUUUGCUAGCUCUUCAGCUGGUCUAGUCUCAAAUGCCUCCAGAAAGGAGGCUUUCACUGUUUUCAUAGGAGACUGUUCAAAGGAUGUGCAUUCCCUCCUCACCACUAUUUAUCUUUUGUCCUUCUGUUUGUCUUGUCUAUUUCAUUUCUGUUUUGUACCUUAAAGGCUGUAGCCCCCCCUCUAUUUAGGAGCCUCUCUACCCGCCUCAUUUUCCACUGUAUUGUGGAGUUUGCAAAUUGAAACUUAAUUAGUUGUAGUAAGAAAUCCCUUGCAGCCUGUAAUUAGAACAUAGAAUUUAGAAGAGAAAUUAUUGCUUCACUAAAGGGCAAAUUACAAAGAUUACCAAUUUGCUAGCACACAAACACAAAUGCAGCCUGCUGGCAGAGGGCUUGCACUGAGGUUACCAAGGCAUCACCCUCUGGAAUGUAAAAAUAUGCAGAAUGCUUUGUGGACUCUUUCAUUGGAUUCUUAAAUCAUUAUGCUCCCGCAUAAGAUAUUGAUGCUUUCUUAGUACAUUUUACAGAGCUUGUUGCCUGGAAUACAUUUCCAGCAUAAGGAGUGACACCUUUUGUCCUAUGUCUAUAGAAAGGAGUUAGGGUAGUCCUUUUUACCUUCAUGGGGAGCAAGAAUUUUUGGGAAGAUUGUUCUACAUUUUUGCUUCUGCAAUAAGUGAAAAUGUGGCUGCAGUAUGUAACUGGAAUAAGUAUCUAAAGCACCCACAUGCACUUUGCGUUAUAUGUAAGAGUAUCUUAAUUAUAAAUACAAAAAUGGGCCUGGUCUUUUAAAUAAACAGGAAGCUCAAAAAAUCCAACUAUAGCAAAACAUGCAUGCCCAGAGACCUCAAAUUUAAGACUUAAAAAACAAGCGAAAAAGAUCAAAAGCAAUUAAAAAUAAUCUGUGCUUAUUUUGCAGUAUUGUCUAUGCUCUGACAUACUGCGGUCAGAAUUUG